AUGUUACAACCAUUUAAACAUCAAAAAUUAUUGUCAACAUAUUUUCACCCUCUAAAAUUGAUUGCCUGCAAAGUUCAUUAUCGCUCUUCGGGAACUAAUAGAACUGGAGGAUAUGAAAUUAAACAAACAAGAUUUCAUUUGCUUAGACGUAAAAUGGAAAGGACUUUUACAAAAACAUAUCUACAAGAUUUUGGGUUUUAUUCUUUGGAAUCUACGAAAUUAGUAUUGGAAAGAUUUGGCACAAAAAACCGGUUUUUGGAUCCCAAAAAACGAGAACAAUUGACAAAAAUUUAUAUGAGUGUUUUGCCAAGUAUUAUUUGUGAAGAAGAUGGGCUUGAAAAUGUUUUGAUAACUAAACUUGAACUUCCCCAUUUAAUGAAUGAAAUUAGGGUAUUUUGGAAAUGUACUGGGGAUGAAACAAGAAACUUAUUGAAUGAAUACUCUGAAAAAUUACGCAAGGAUAUGUCAGAAAUUUUCUAUAGCACAUUUAUACCUCAAUUUAAAUUUAUUGAAGAUCGUCAACAUCUAGUCGUACAGGAAAUGGAUCAAUUAUUUAAACAUGCAGAUUAUGGAGAUGAUUAUAGAGCUUUUAGUAAAAUUGGGGCUAAUUUGGGAAGAGAUUUAAAAAUAAUUUCUGAAGAAGAGAAAGAAAAGAGAAAAACACCUCCAAGAUGGUUGGACAGUUGGAGGAGGAAAUUUAAUAAAGAGCAGAAUGGACAGGAAAGAAAAUGAUAAGAAAAAUGAGGUUUUUUAUGUCUUUGAGUGCUUCUGUGGCUAUUUUUGUUUGUAUAAAAUUUUUAUAAAAACAUUUUUUGUUAUCCAGUCUGUGUCCUUUUGACAGAUUAUAUAUUUUUUUAAUUUAUUUUAAUUUUUAUUUAACAAGAUUUUAAAGAAAAAUAAAAAUGGCAUUUUUUCGUAUUGCUAAUUUUGGUGGAGCUAAAGGAUAUUUUGGGCUAGAGGCGUUGGAAUACUACGUAAUUGCAGGUCUGGUUAUGAUUUGUUAUCUAUGUU